UUUCGGGUUUCAGCAGAGCCGUUAGACUUGGCUGCUCUGACUCAGUGUCUUUGUCUAAUCUCGCAUGCUGAGGAAACGUCUCCCCCGCAGUCAGACAGACAUGAUGGCCGUCUGUGUCUCUGUCCGAGAGAGAGAGAGUGUGUGUGUGUGUGUGUGUGUGUGUGUGUGGCUGGAGCAUUUAAAAACUGUCCACCGGCUCUUUCACACCAGAGAACCCUCACCGACACAGCAGGACACAGAGCUGCUCACAGGAUAAUAAUAAUAAUAAUAAUAAUGGAAAUGCAGUUGGCUGUGCUGCUGCUGUGGGUGUUGAGGAUCACUGACGGAUUUCCUGUUUCCUCACAGCUGAGUUUGGCUCCAUCCCAAUCCUCCCCCAGUUACACCCUCCUGGUGCCUGUUAGGGUUCUUGGCUUGAAUGGACCACAGGUGGUUCUGGUACCAGUGAGCACUGACUGGAGUACACAGAGGAACCAGAACCCGACGGCUCAGUCCGAACAGACACACAAACUCACAGAGCCUGAGCAGGAGCAGAUGACGGGUCAGAAUCAGUUUGUAUACAGUCCGUUCCUGCAGCUACCAGCAGUCUCACCUGACACACCCGCACCUGAGAAUCCCCUCCCACAGGGACAGGUGUUGCCAGUGUGGAACACCAUUCCUGGUGUGGUCCCUCUGCAGCCUGGAGUGAAUGGGCAGGCGUUUAUCCCUGUGUGGGCGCCCCCUGCUGGAGGAGCAGCUAGAGGACAGAGACAGGUGGUGUCUGUUGCUCAGGCAGCAGCGCAGUCCAAUUCAGCAAGCUCAGAGGAGGGAGAUGCACAGGUGAUCUACAUUUUGCCUAUUAGUGCUGAGAUUCAGAACAUGGGAAUAAUGGAGGGUGGACAGGGGGGCGUCGAUCCUGAACUCACCCCUGACCCUAAUCCCAACGCUAACCUUCACCUUAAACCCGACACCAACCCUAAUCCUGACCCUAAACCGGGUCACCUGCAGCUCCACAAUACCCCUGUCCCCAACCCCACCCUUCCUGCAGGUGUCCAGGAAAUAACUGACCCUCUAGGAAAAGUGCCCCCUGGUGCUGGUGCGGGUCAGAGGACACAAACAGGAGGCGCUACAACUUCCUGUAACCACAACGGUGGAGUAGCUAAUGCUAAAGUUAACACACCAUUGCUGUAA